AUGUUUGUCUCCCACCAGUGGCUCGCCAACGACCACCCGGACCCCAACGCCGAGCAGAUGAAGGUUUCACUCGACACUCUCUUGCAGCUGAAGGAGGUGCAGACGCACGAAGCACUCAGCUCUGCUGGCAAGUUGGCGGAGUUCAAGGACGACCUCGGGCACGCGAUUUUCGUGUCGCACCAGUGGCUCGCCAACGACCAUCCGGAUCCCAACGCCGAGCAAUUGAAGGUGCUACAGGAUGCCCUGGAGAACAUCCGCUCAGGCAGAAGCAACAUCCACAUUCCACUUGUGACAGAGAUGCUCUUCGGCCGUGUAUCGAAACCUUCUUCGAAGGAUUUUACCAGCACUUCCGUGUACAUCUGGUACGAUUAUUUCUCUUGCCCUCAGGGGAGCCAUGGUGAAGCCACGCUCCACCGGCAGCAGGCAAUCAGCUCGAUCGUGAGCUACAUCUCUCAGUGCAAGUACUUCGUCAUCCUCUGUCCAGCCUUGACGCAUCUGGAUCAGCGUCAGGAGCUUGGGCAGGAGAGCUGGGCGGAGCGUGGCUGGUGCAGCAGCUCGACCUAUCAAAGGGCUACGUCGUCGGGUUUCGGGUUUUGUGCUCGGGGUCUCGGGCCUAGAAUUUAG